AUUCGAUGCCUGCCAUUUCCCCAAACAACCACGUUCCUUUGUCCAGCCCAUACGGGCAAACGCUCAUUAUUAUAUCACACAGUUCCGUCAACUCCUUACGCAGCUAGCCUCGGCACUCGAUAACGGAACUGGCUUCCUUAAACUCAACCACAAACUCAACCACCACUCACUGCCACUAGCUCCAAGUCUCUGCUAAGAAUAACAAAAAGCAAAUAACAAAAGGAAGACAAACAAACCCAAACCUCAAAUCAAAAUGGUCCGCCGCGCCCUAAGCCACCGCAGAGGCAGCAAUCUCAAACUCGAGGUCGACACCGCCAGCACGGCCGCCUCGACACCAACCUAUGUCAGCAUCCCCGUCAUCGUGCGCACCAGCACCGGCCGGCGCGAGUCGCUACCUCACUCACGCCACCACCUGUUGCGACGGUCGAGUAGUGUCAGCAGCCGGAGCACCAUGUCCUCGGGCUAUGGUGGGAGUAGUAGUAGGGGGACGGAUCUGUAUGACGGGGGGUCGGUGAUUGUGGAUGAUAUCGAUGAGGAGUUGGAGGGGGAGGCGAAGGAGGGGGGGAAUUGAAAGGAAGGGUCACUUGGGAAGAGGGUGCCCGGGGCAGUGUGAGGGUUGCCAAACGCCAAGAUGUAUAUAUAACCGACAUAAUUCACUUGACUUGGGUUCUCUCAGC